CUUGUUUAGUGUAUACUUUAGUGCAUACUUUUAACUUAAAGAUACUAACAUUUAUAACACCAACAAUAAAACCACAUAAAAAUAGCCAUGUCAGUGAGUUGUUGAUGAUAACGGGCCCGGAAUAAAGGUUGUUAUGACGACCAGUCAACAGUGGACAUCCAGCAGCUAGCUAGGCGCACAGUCAGUGCAUUGUUUACGCUGUGCAUUUUGCAUGAGCAUGCAUACGUCGUGCGUGUUUUUAUGUGUGAGACAGAUACAAUCGUGAGUUCGUUUUUGAAGAAGAGGUGCCUGCUGCUAAUUAAACCACAAACAGAUUUAGUUAACUGUUAAGUGACCAAGAAGACAGGAACAUAAUCAACAUUGAGAUAUUAAUUAAAAGACAGGUUCAAGUUCAACAAUGACGACAACUCUGCCAUCGUUGGACGCCCUCCUUGGAAAGGAGAAGAAGAGUAACGUCUCCUUCGGUACGACAAGAGACCGCCCUCUAUUCCCGGGCAAGAUUCCGCAGAAUCGCAUGGGAGCGGGAAUAGGUCUGGAGAGCGCCCCCCACAGAGCACCCUGCAGCUACGAUAACGAUGAGAAAACCACCUUCCUUUACAACAUAGACCGUCAAGUAACAAGCAAGAAGGGUUACACGAUGGGAGCUCGGACAGGACCGAGAUUUAGGAAAGAAUUUGCUACCGUCACACCGUGCCCUUCCACCUACCAGACAAAACACACCGACGCUAAGACAUUUGUUCCGUCCAACAAGCCGUUCCAUGUCGGUGCUAACAGGUUCUACAGAAACACAGUUGAUCCUGAGCUUACACCAGGGGCUGGAACCUAUGAGCACAACGUCCCACGGGAUCGUAAAGUCGCCUUCCAUGGGACCUUCGGAGGACCCCAGCUUCUUAAGGUCCAACCAGACGACUCGGUCCUCAUGCCCGAAGACUGUAAAGGCACAACCUCAAAGAGUCGUAUGAUGACAUAUAAGGACAAGAGGAAGUUUGCCAUCCGAGAAGCGUAUUUGUCUCUUUACUAUUAAACAUCGAUUUAGACUUUUCUUUAAAAUAUUACUGAUUAUUACAGUCUGCUCUCAUUAUAAAAAAUAAGCCUGUGCGACUAGUGAAAUUAACUACUCGAAGUCGCACCUCAAAAAGUUGCGACUUUGACACAAGUCGUUACCAACUUAUAAUUCCCUUAGUUGCAAUGCAGCAUUUUGUUUGCCGCACGCGCAAUGUAGUAAAAUUCACGCUGAAAGGGUUGAAGGAUUGUGUCAUUGAUGUCCGAUUGUGUUUUGUAAGUAAAUUAUGUUGUCGUAAAUAGUUGGAGCGUCUCAAUUGGUUCACCAAACAGUCUUGGUGGCACGAUUAACCGUGAAGGGCCUACAUAGGAUUCGAACUGCCUCUAGCUACCGGGCAACCUCGGUAGUCUAGUUGGUAAGACACUGCUCUAGCAUUG